UAUUCUAUUGUAAAUGUAGAAGCAAGACACUCUGGGAUGUGAGUUGACAACCAAUGACAGAUCAUAUUUGGUUAAUAAUUGUAUCUUAGAGAUUUUACUAGUCUAACAACACUCAUAUAUUUCAGAGGUACACCGAUUAGCCAAACAUUAUGACCACUCACAAGUGAAGCGAAUAAUGUUGAUCAUCUCCUAACAAGGCCACAUAUCAAGGUCUGGGUAGAUUUAGAUGGUAAGCGAACAAUCAGUUCUUGUAGUCAACAGGUUAAAAGCAUGAGAAAUGGGCAGGAGUAAAGACCUGAGCGACUUUGACAAGGACCAAAUUGUUAUGGCCAGACGACUGGGUCAGAGCAUAUCUGAAACGGCAAGGCUUGUGGGGUGCUCCCAGUCAGCAGUGGUGAGUACCUACCGACAGUUGUCCGAGGAGGGGCAAACCACAAUCCGGAGACAGGGUGUUGGGCGCCCAAUGCUCAUUGAUGCGCCAGGGCAACAAGGGCUAUCCCAUCUGGUCCGUACCGACAGAAGGUCUACUGUGGCACAAGUCACAGAAAAAUGAUGGUAAUGAUGGUUACGGGAGGAAUGUGUCAUAACACGGUGCAUCGCAUCCUACUGCCUAUGGGGCUUUGUAGCCGCAGACCGGUCAGAGUGCACAUGAUGACCCCUGUUCACCGUCGAAAGCGCCUAAAAUGAGCACACGAGCAUUGGAACUGGACCUUGGAGCAGUAGAAGAAGGUCGCCUGGUCUGAUGAGUCCAGUUUUCUUUUACAUCUCGGGCCCAACCAUUGAUGCGGACGUCAAUUUGACACGUGCCACCUACAGGGGUCUUGUAGUGUCUAUUCCUCGACUGUUUUGGCUGCAUGCGUAGGACAAACAGCAUAUUAGGCAGGUGGUCAUAAUGUUUUGGCUCAUCAGUGUAUGUAACUGCAGUUUUCUGCCCUACAUUGGUUAGUGCUUUUCAAACAGCAUUUUUUCCCCCCUCUUUCUUCCGCUCUCCUACCUCAUUUCAGUUUCUUGUGCUGGUUCAGCUUUGCGUUUUGGCAUUUUUCUCACACACACAAGUUUUUGUAGAGUUUAGCAGCCGGACUAAAACUGCUAAACGUUUUCAACAAAACGGCAUCCAAACAAAUAGGAACAGCAUGUCUUCAUUCAAGAUCUUUUUUCUCUUUGUCCUGUGUAUUUUCUCUGGAGAAUGUGAUGUGUUAUAUCGGCAAGCUGGGGAUGAAAUUUCCCUGCAGUGUGAUUCACCUUCCCAUGGUGAUAUAGAUUGGGAAUUUAACAGUAUUUUACUCAUUACCUUUGUUGCCAAAAGAGGAACUCAACGGAAGGGUACUUCCAACGAAGUUGCCCAUAUUCAUUCUAAAGCAAAUGCAAAUGGAGGCACAUUGAAGAUACCCAGACUGGAGACACGUGACUCGGGAGUCUACUCAUGCAGGCAGUCAGGGAAACAAUACACUGUGCGUGUUGGAUCAGUCUUUGCUAAACCAGCCAUAACGCGUCUUGGGACUGAAGCAGAGCUGCACUGUUCCAUUACAGGAGAACCACAAACCAAAGUACAGUGGCUGAGCCCCAAUGGGCUGCCAUACAGUAAAAUAAACCAAGUAAUUUCCUUGAAGCCUGUGACCUCAGAAUAUGAUGGCCAUUGGACAUGUCAGAUCAAGGACUUGAAAAUGAAUGUCAGAUUGACAGUUGUCGAUCUCCAGACCAACGAUGUUGAAGUUCCUGAAGGGGGCGACAUAGUGCUGCCCUGUUCUCUCUCUAAUAGUGCAUUUAACCCACGUGUAGUGGGUGGGAAAUGGCAGGCUGACCAUCUCCCCUCAGUCUCUUUCCCAACCCUAGAAAACACUUAUGACAAAGGCUUACACUGGAAGGGCCAGAAUUCAUCAAAAGUCAAAUUUACAAGUGGAAAACUCGGCACCAACUUUGAUAUCCACCUGAUUAAAGUGCAGCGUAGUUACGCAGGUGAAUAUGUGUGUACAGUGGAGUUUGAGGAUGGAACGAAUCUAACUGCCGUAGCAACGUUAAAGUUUGUAGCUGGUCCUUCAGGAGGUGGACAGAUCGUCACCAAAGUGAAGGGACCUUGGACCAAGGAUGUGUUGGGUGUACAGUUGUGGGUCUGGAUUGCUGUAGGAGUAAGUUCUGUGGUUCUGAUUGGACUUAUUAUCUUGACUGCUCUUGUUCAACGGAGGAACAAACAAAUGAAGAGGAGGGUGAGAAAGCUGAGAUCCAUGCGGCAACCUCUUACAGCUAAAGACUACUGCCAGUGCAACAGAUCUGAGAGAAACAUGGAGUUGGGAAAGGUAAUGAGGCCUGUUCCAGUCCCCAGACAACAACGUAAUGCAUACAACAGUCCAAAACCAUAUAACUGAUGUGUACUGGAGAAUGGAAAACUGCAGUCACUGAGAGACAAAUCAUGUGGCAUGCUGGGCCAGUGCUUUUCAAUAUGCAUAUUGCUUACAAAUGAGACAUGCACUUGUAAUAUUUGCUGUAAAACAUUAGCACAGUCCUAAGACUGAAUGGUGUUGCACAUUUGAUUGUUGCCCUUUCAACAUUUAGCUAAAUAUGUAAUGUAAAUGUUUUCACAGCCAAAUUGUUGAAUGACCACAAUGUUGAAUAUUUCAGCUUUUGUUUCAUCAAUAAAACUUUACAUAAUACUCUUUUAA